AUGAAAAGAAGAAGAUUAUCUUAAAUAAUAAAGAUUAAAUAGAUUUAACCUAUAAUAGAUUUUAGUUAAUGGGAGAAUUAAGAUAAUGUUGAUUUUGAUUGA